GCCAUGGCAAGUUGGAGGAGGGACGCAGGGCGCUCCGCUAUGAUGGUAGCGGGAGCUGCGCUUCUGGUCCUUCUAGCUUCCAUCCAUAUACUGUCAAGAAAGGCAACCAAGAAAGUUGCGCUCGCCGAUUUGAUAGACCCUGAUGGUGUUAACCCUCAACGCCUAAUGGAUGCCAUGUCGGACUUGAAAGCUGAUGUGAAGAUGGGCACUAGCACUGCCAGAAAUCUCAUCGGGAAGGCUAAGAAGUUGAUGGACAAACGACUUUCGAUCAUCGUGGAUACACAGACCCUCAAGACUGGAGGGCUACCAGGCCCCCCGGGACCGCAAGGCCGCAAAGGAAAACCAGGAUACCAGGGUGCAAUCGGUGCAGAGGGAGAUCGUGGCCCUGAUGGGCCUCAAGGUCCUAAGGGGGAAACCGGAUAUCCUGGACCCCAAGGACUCCGCGGGGACACAGGCCCAAUAGGAGAGCAGGGUGAUCGUGGAGUGAAGGGUGAGACUGGCCCUCCAGGCUUCCCAGGCCCCCCAGGCCCCCGCGGGCAACUUGGAACUCCUGGAAAGAGAGGCCCCCGAGGCCCAAGAGGACAAGCUGGAUACCAGGGCAACCGUGGCGCAGUGGGAGUCCCUGGAAUUCCGGGCCGUCGUGGACCUAAGGGUACUUGGGAUGUUAUAGAUGCGACGCAGCGGUGUAAGGAGAUCGGAGGAAGCAUUUACAAAGGAGUUUGCUUGAAGAAGUCUAUUCUCAUCGGGAAUGGAGACGACAUCCCUCUUGGCUGCAACCCAAUCAGACCAGCGGUCCAGUGGGACUGGGACGACGUCUCUAACAUUGCGAGGCUGUUUCAGUCAAAAACGACAUGGGGUCUUGGCUUGAAGUCACCUGGAAAUAACGGAGGCUCCUGCACCAAUUUCAUGGCGAUUAUGAGCUUCACGUACAGGUGGGAUUCUAACGACUUGUACGUGCAACGAAAUGUUUUUAGCUACCAACCACCUACGAAUUGGGGGGGUGGCUGGUCUUGCUAUGUCUGUCCUGGGUCAGGCUGCACUGCAAUUUACGCAUGCAAUAUCGAUUAAAUAAGACAGUCAUAUCGAGUAGCCCUCGGCUGUUGUAGUGUUCUUUUGGUUUUUUGGUUCUUGAUGGUUAAAGUGCGUAUGAAAUGGG